AUGUCUUGCGGCAACGAUAACCCCAACCUGGAGACCCGGGAACAGGAUGAAGAGCAGGAGGAGGAAUUUUGCUCCACCAACUACCACUGGGGCCAUCCGCUGGCGGAGGAGGUGUACCUCAGUUUGCGCACGAUCCAAGAUCCAGAAAAGCCGUAUACGUUAGAAGAAUUGGAGGUGGUGUACCCGGAGGGCAUUGUCGUUACCGACAGCGAGGGGAAAUUGUGCAAAACACAACUGAAAAAGACCACUGCGCAGAACGGCAAUUCUUGUAGCAGUAAUAACGGAAGCGGGUGCUGUGGUGGAGACCACCAGGCCGGUGCAGCUGGUACAACAGCCGCGAGUAAGACCUCGUGCUGCAACUCGUCAGAGCAGGAGAGAAUAAGUACGGGCGGUCAACAGCAGGACGAGCGGUCGUUGCAGGACAGUUCCGGCACCUACUACAGCAUAACGAAUUUCGGCGAUCUCGACACGAAAAUGGACGUGGACGAAGAUAGAACAACAGUUGCAAAUUUUGUGUCUCCGCAAGAUUCUCCACACCCGCCGUCCUCCUCCUUACAAGCAAAGUACAUCAACGUGACUUUCAAGCCGACCUCGCCCGUUUGCAGCCUGGCAACCCUGAUCGGGCUGGCGAUCAUGCACAAACUGCGGGAAGACAUUAUGGAUUGCAAAAAUGUCUGGGUCUGGAAGGAUGCAAGGUUUGUCAUGCUUGUCUGGCAUGACUCUUAAAUCUGUCAUGCAUGUUACCCAAGAGCUCCGCUUUUGUGUGAUGCAGAAGCGCAGUUUGUCAUGCAGAAUAGGCAACACCUAGGAGCUCAGAAACUUGUCAUGCUGAGCCAGCAUUUGUAGCCUCAUCAUGAGACGCCCCCCAGCAUCACAAGUUUCCAGACCCAGACAUUUUUACAUUUGAUAGACAUUCCGACGGACAGCGGCUUCCCCAAGUUCUCCAUCCAAAUUCUGGAAGGCUCGCACAACAGCGGGGACGCCGUCACGAAGCAACUCAACGACAAGGAAAGAAGAUACGCUGCCAUGGAAAACCCCGACAUUGCGCACGCCGUGAGAACGGCAUGUCGCCUCGAGGGGGAUUACGACUGAGAGAGUCUUAGAUCCUCUAGUAGAGGCGACUUGGCGACAAACAAAAUCCUGCACGAAUUUUUCGCUUUAUUCGCAAUUGUGUAGGCGGAAUGGUGAAAGCGAACGAGACAUGAAGGCGAGCGCGACGUUGCCUUUUCGCGACAAAUAUCACAACUAUUCAUAGCACCUCUGUGGUGCGACUACAUCUGCU